CGAAUUCGAUUACUAGUAUUAUUAUUUAUAAACACAACUAGUGCGAACAAAAUAAUAUCCAGUAUUCAUAUUAGUACUUGGAGAGUUAAGAUUGAUGACAAAUACCAUAAAACUAAAAGUUAAAUAUUUUAACUUGUAUUAUACUUACUAUGAAAAGUCAACUUUAUGGUCAAUAUCAUAUUAUAAGAUUUUUCCAAAAGAAUUACUGCUUUUACAAGUAAGAUUCAUAAACAAUUAAUUAGAUUGUAUAUUUUCAAUAACAUGGAUUGUAAUUCUUGCUGUGUCAGUUCUUGUGAAAAUGUUUUUAAACCCGGCGGUAGAAAAUUUUACAGGUUGCCGCUCAGUAAUCAAACCUUACUUAAUAGUUGGUUGAAUGCUAUGGGAAAUGAAGCAAAUUUUGAACCGACAACUCAAACCAUGAUAUGCAGUGCUCAUUUUACACCAAGUGAUUAUUAUCUGAAGGAUGGGUGUGUACGUAUUCGUCAAUCAGCUAUACCUUCAAAAUUUCCAAAACAAUCUCCAAAUAAUUUUAAAAAAAGUGUUGUUGAAAAAGCAGCCACAAAAAAUUACAUUAAUAAAACUGCAAAUAAAAAGUCAUCCGGUCAAUCUUCCAUGGAUCAUCCGUAUGCUAAACACGUGACCUGGGCAAAAAGUGUAUCCGAUUCUUUACCUGUCAUUGUGAAUAUUCAGGGUUCAAAUGCUUCCUCUUUGGUAAAUUUAAAUAACAUCACUAAAAGUAAUAAUGACGAUUGUAUGAUAAUCAAGGAAAUUUCUAGAGGUCCAAUUUCGGUAUGUGCUAAUAAACCACCUUUGAACCAUAAAGUAUUGAAAAAGAUACAACCGAAACUAAAUGACACAGUCACAGCUCCCCAAACAUCAACAAAAAUGUUUGUACGCCAACAAACGGGACCGGUGGUACCGAAUCAAAUGUACUUAUUGGUCAGUACCAAAAGAGACCAAAACGGUUUGCCGAAUGAUGUUCAGUUGAUGAAAGCGGUCCAGAAAGAUAAAAAGACGGCUGAACCUAAUAGUUUUGUAACAUCAACGCCGCUGAAGGGCCCAAAUAAUAUGUUUAUGAGUAAUGUUAAUACGACUAAUAAGUCAAGUACCGGCAUAGGUGUAAUGAAGAAAAACAUUAACAGUAGUACACAAAUUAAUACACCUUCAAUAUCUCAGCCUUAUAUGCCUCAAGUGCACUUCAAGCAUUCGGUGCCAUCGAAAAUGGCAAAAAAAAUGAAAGCAUUACACCAGAAAAACAGGCGGUUAAAUUCUAGGGUUCAAAAUCUAAUGGUUACUGUACGAGACUUACAAGAUAUCCAAAUUAAAUAUUUGAAACUCAAAGAGAGAGUUCUAGAUACUGAAGAAAAACUUUUGACUAAAGGAAUAGAUACUUCAGAGUAUUCCGCAUUUAGCGACGAUAAGAACCCAAUUGUACCAUUGAAGAAAAAAAAACCUAAUACUCAAAAAAUAGCUUCACAAAAAAAUGUUCACAUUGAAAAAGUAACAAACCCUUCGUCGGAAACAGCAAAGAAUCAGAUUUCCUCUACCGUUGUUCCCGAUGAAAGUCAAGUACAGCAAGACACUUCUAUAACAAUUACUUCUCUGUUGGCUAGCAAUAAAAAUGUUAUGUCAGAACAUUCUUAUGGUGUCCAUUCUAAAUUAUUUACACAGAAAUAUUUUUAACUAUUUAAAUUUGAAUAUUAUAUUUUUAGUAUUAAAAACAUUACUAUGUAAAAAUUAUUUUUAAAAUAUUACACUAAAGGACUGAUGGAGUGUAAUAAUUUAUCUAAUUGUAUUGAAAUGUUAUGAAGUGUAAAAUAAUUAUUUGUUUAA